AUGGAUAUUGAGGUCAAAUAUCAAAACUUUAAGGAGCAGCAUGCACCAUCGUUGCUUGGAUCCACGGUGAGAAACGAGAGCCCUUCAGGCGAGAGGGAGAAUGGGCACGAUAAUGGAGAUGAUGGAGAUGAUAGUGAUAAUGCCGCUUCUGUGAAGCCGUUGCUACAUGAAGUCAAAGACGAUUCAAGGGAAACGGACGAGGAGAAUCAAGAUCCCAAAAAAUAUGGAGAGGAAGACGCUUUGUUGGGCGAUGAUGAAGAUGAUGAUUUGAACAAAUUGUUGAACCAAGAGGGAGCGUUGAAUGAAGAAGCAUUGCAAAUGAAGGCAAAGCUUAGAGAACAUACAGAAAGUGUUAAAAGGAAGAAUCCUAGUGGUUACCAGCGUCGUGCUUCGGAGAGUGAGAAGGUGCGAGAUGACGAUCUCAAUCGUGUGGCUCCAGCAGCUUCCUUCCCUGAUACCACUUUCAAACAUAAGGCUCAUUCAGUUACUGCAGGAGAGGAUGAUGAUGAUGAUGUUGAGGCCGAGAAAAGUAAAGUAGAGUAUUAUAAGCCUCAUGAUAGACCAACACCUAAUCAAAUUGUGGAGAAGGUCAACGAAGGCAACUAUGUUAGUCCAGAAAGAGAGGGUAAUAAUAUCUUUGUCAAGAAUGUGGGCAUCAAUGAAGAAGAUGAUGUGGAUGAUGAGGAGAAUGCCCUUGAUGAGGAAAUUGCUAAAAAGCUUCAUCUGAGUAGCAUUGAUACCAUUGCAGAGGAAGUUCCCGAUGCUACUAUUGAGAAUGAUUCCGGUUAUAUUCCACCUGCUGCUAUGUCAGAAGGUUCGUCAUCACGGUUAUUGAAAGAACAGAGACGCUCUAGGUCAAGAGAAGCAGCAAGAUCUGCUGACCAGACGUCGAGCAAAGGUGAAAAACCUCAUCUUGCACGAGGUGAAUCCUAUCACGGUGGGUUGUCAAAUGACGAUUAUUACAAAAAGGGCUUUCCAUUGGAUGACAUUCCACGGGGUACUGCUGCCGUAGAGAGAAAGCCAAGGCAUGAGCCAGGUACCGUGAAAUACAUGCAUCAGUCUUCGUUGAAUUAUUUGAGAUCGAUUUCCAGUUCGAGGUCCAGAGCUGAUAAUGACAAGAGAGCAAUGGGCUACAAGUUGAUAGAUGAGGGUGAUUUAAAGGAUACUGGCGGAUUAGUCAAUGACAACAAUUUAGCCCAGAUUGUAGAUUUAGAAGAAGCCAUGGACGAUGUUCUUCAGGAAGUUUCUAACACUCAACACAGUUUUGAGUUGAAAGGAUUACAUAAGUUGCCUUCAGAGGGUGCCAAAGUAACUGGUGUGAAUAUUGAUGCUGAGAAAGAUACUGAGGAUGCAACGAGUCCACUGGAAGUCGGUAAAUCUGACAAGUCGGGCAACGAUUUAGAAGAAAAAGAAAAAGGAAGUCAAGACGUCAAGAAUGGGGAUACUAAAGAGGAAUACCUUUCUGUUGAAGCUGAGGAUGAAGCUAAGGAUGAGCCUGAGGGCAAACCUGAAGAUGAACCUAAGGGUGAAGCUAAGGGCGAACCUGAAGAUGAAGCCAAGGGCGAACCUGAAGAUGAAGCCAAGGGCGAACCUGAAGAUGAAGCCAAGGGCGAACCUGAAGAUGAAGCCAAGGGCGAACCUGAAGAUGAAGCCAAGGGCGAACCUGAAGAUGAAGCCAAGGGUGAAGCUAAGGAUGAAGCCAAGGGUGAAGCUAAGGAUGAAGCUAAAGAUAAAGCUAAGAACGAAGCUAAGGAUGAGGCCCAAGGUGAAGCUGAAGACAAAUCUGAGGACGAAGCCAAGAAUGAAGCCAAGAAUGAAGCUAAGGACAAACCUGAGGACGAAGCCAAGGACGAACCUGAGGCCGAAGCCAAGGACGAACCUGAGGCCGAACCUGAGGCCGAACCUGAGGAUAAACCUAAGGGUGAAGCUAAGGAUGAAGCCAAGGACGAAGCCAAGGAUGAACCUAAAGAUGAAUCCCAAGGUGAAGCUGAAGACAAGCCUGAGGAUGAAGCUAAGGACGAAGAGCUUGCAGUAUCAGCAUCUUCUGGACAUACUGAAGCAGCUGAAACCGCUGAAGAUACGGAAGCUUCUCAAGUUUCAGAGGCUGAUGAUACCGAACAGCUUUUUGCGGAAGCAGCUAAAGAGCAGAAAGCGAAUACCCAGAUUUUCAGUAAUGGUGGCGAAGCUCAUGUUUCAAAGGCUGGUAAGAUGGAAUUUGAGGAUGUGCCGGUCUAUGUGUACACUUCUUUAGCAGGUGGCAUGAAGAUAAUGACUCGAACAAAUAGAUUGCAGACUAUACUAGUUGCGAACAAAAUAAAGUUUGAGUUCAAAGACUUGGGAACAGAUUCUGCUGCUAAGAGAGUUUGGAAGACGUAUUCUCAAGGUAAGACUCUUCCUGGUGUAGUCAGAGGCAAAGAUGAUUUUAUUGGAAAUUGGGAGGAUAUUGAAGAUGCUAAUGAGGAUUAUGCAGUUCGUUCAUUGAUUUAUGAAACUUAUUAA